AUGGCAACUACAUUAAGACUAAGAAAAUCUGUGGCAGUAGUAUUUUUGGCGCUAUAUAUUUUUAUUGGUAUACCGCUUUGGUAUAAAUUAACCAACAUAUAUAGAGCCAUAUUGCCUGUUGAAUAUAUCCAAACUUUACAUGAUGCUAAAUUUAAAGAGAUCCACUUAACCAUCCCUGUAUUCAUCAAAUCUGAUACAUAUCGAUUCCCAGAUAUUCAUGAUGCCGUACAAGUCCAGGUCAAUUAUUUAUUAAGAUCCAAAAGACAAUAUGUGGACUGGUCACUAGAAAUAUUCCCAUACAAUGAGACUUUAAUUAGUACAGAAUAUGAUUCUAAUCGUGAUAAUUAUCAUGUGGUAGAUUUAGUACUUGAUGAAUUUAUAGGAUAUAGUCUACCUUAUGAUUCUAUGGUCACCACAAUAUACUUUAAUGAUGAAUCUGUGGCAAGUAAUGAUUUACCUUUCUUCAUUGCUCAAAUCUUAGUAGAACAUACAUUCCAAAUUGAAUAUAAUCAAUGGAUUUUAAAACCUGGUCAGACAGAACCAAAUCAAUAUAAUAGUGUUCUCGAUUCCGAGCAAUUUGCAAUAAACUACACUCCUAAUAUUCAUUUAAGUAUCUCUUUAUUAAAUGGUAAUGGCAAUCCGGUAUCAUGGGAAAUUGAUAAAAGCUUAACAAAGAUUUUUACACCUUUCAGAGAAUUAAUAUCUCCAUUAUAUAAUUUCACUGUUGAUACACAGAUAGAUCAUUUUAAUGAUUUGAAUCUAAAUAAAUUGAACCAAAUCAAUAAUCCUACAUGGCAUGAUUUGUCCCAUAUUAUUGACCUAUCAGAGCUAUCAUCAAAUAAUUAUUUUGUCGAACAAAAUGCCAUUAAUUUAGUUAUUGUUUUUCCAAAUAAAAAUAAUGAUCUUAAUGGAUUAAAAAUUUUACAUGAGAGCAAUAAUAAUGACAGUAAUAGUACUAUCACUGCUGCUCCAGUUGAGUGGGGUAGUUUUGUUGUACCUCGUUGGGGGAUUUUAAUCGUAAACAAGUCGUCUUUAGAAGCAAACUCCUUAAUAACAGAAGAAUAUUUGAAUCCAAUAUUAUUGAAAUUCAUUAAAGAUUUACUAAGUUUCUUGGGCAUUGCAAAUAACAGUAAUAAGGGAAUCAAUGCUGAUGAUAAAGAUUUUGAAUAUACAUCACCAUACUUAGUCAUUGAUUCAUUAAAGAGGAUAAGAAUUAUCGAAAACUUAAAUAAGUCGAUUGACACAUUAUGGUCUUUGGUGAAACUAACAAAACAGUUUGAACAAAUGACUGUUCCUAAAGAAGUCCUACAAGAUUUGACUGAUGCACUAGAUACAAGGUUAGAGUUGAUUGAUUUAUUGAAUAACCCAUCUAAAGGUAGUGACAAAGAUUGGAACAAAGGUUUGAUUAUGAGUAACCAAAUUGUUAAAAAUUGUGAAAGAGCAUUUUUUCAUGGUGAAAUGUUGCAACAAAACUUUUUCCCACAAGAACAUAAAUUGGCAGUCUAUCUACCUUUAUUGGGGCCAUUGACUGUAGUGAUAUUAUCUGGCCUUAAAGCUGUUUUUAAAGAACAGCACGACAACGAUGAAAAUUCGAAAAAAGAGAAAGAUAAUUAA